AUGGAGGAAUGCAAUGAUAACAGGAGUAUGGAGAGUACUGAUAGUAUUACCACUCCGUCUCCAAAAUUAAAACCUAAGAAGAGAUCACUUGUUGAAAGAGAACUUGAAACCAGUCUAACUUCUAAAAUAACAUCUCCAAUAUUAAACAGCAAAACAAUAAAUACAAGUCGGUAUGGUAGGGCACGCAAAUUAAAAAACGACAAUGAGAGAAAAAUUGAAUCACCAUUGCCAAUUCUUUGUAAACAACAAUCACCAACUCGAGGAUUAUCCGCAUACAAAAUGUAUGCUUCAAACUCACCUACUAAUCUUCAAUCUAUGAAAAAUGGCUUUGAUAAUCAAAUUGAAAAUAUUUACAAUCAAAACAUAGCACUAAGUCGAUUUAGUUCUGAUGAAAAGACAGAAAAGAUGUCAAAAUCUAAAAUCUAUAUGAGGAAAGACCUUUUACAAACAAGAGAUAAAGAGGAAACCAUAAUUUUAAUCAAAAAUAUGUUUUCUCCUAAUAAAAAUGUAUCUAAACCUGAAGUGACUUUAUCCUCUGAAAAAUCAAGUAAAAAUCACAAAAGACACUUAUCAUCGGUGGUAAAAACAUUGGACUUUGAUGGCAAGAAGAAAAAGGAUGGUCAAGAAAAGAAGAUGCCACAAAGUGAUUUGUUUGAACUAGAAGCACAAUGUGAAUAUCAAGUUGGGGAUUUGGCCUGGGCUCGGAUGGGAUCUUAUCCAUUUUGGCCAAGCAUAGUGACUAGAGAACCUACUAGUAAUUUGUUCAUUAAAAAAAAGUUAUUUGGGAAAUUAGAAAAGGACUUAAUACAUGUAACAUUCCUUGGUGACAAUGGACGUCGGGGCUGGAUCUUAGUCACAAUGCUGAGGAAGUACUUGGGACGUCAAGAGUUUGAAACUGCAAGAGAGAGUUUCACAUCUGAGGCAAAAAAAAAGGAUUACAGACUGUAUGCAGCAUUUUUUGUGACUGGUAAAAGACUACCUCUUUGGCAUUUAUCGGUGGAGGAAGCAGAUAUCCUCUAUAAGGAACCAAAAAGGCUUAGAAUAGAUAUUUUAAAUUCUAUGCUGACUAAAGGCAAAGAACAUAAAGCAAUACCGGCCAAGAGCAAAAAGGUUUCUAGAACAGAUAGCGAUAUUUCUCUCAGUGAAAGUUUGUAUGACAGUCUGUUUUCUGAAGAAGACUAUAGAAGCUCUGAUACAGAACCUGGUAGGAGUAAAACUAGAAAAAAGUCCUUUGAUGUUUCUGAAGUUGUUACUGCUUGUCUUGACAAUAUGGCUGCAAAAACAGGUAUUACAAAAAUUCAAAAACAAUCACAUAUGGAUAUAUGGUUACAGAAAGCAAAAUCAAAAACGCCAGAAAAAUGCCCAUUUAAACAAUCAAAAUCAGAACAAAAAGGAAAAGUUAUUUCAAAAUCUUGCAAUGAAUCAAAUGCUAGUAUGGAAUAUAAGCAAAACCAUGAAAGAGAACAUGAUUAUUUUACAAGAAGUGCAAAUAUUAAUGGAUAUUUUGAUGAUGAAAUUGUUACUGGAAGUGAAUUUAAGGAUCCAAUAAAUAUUACAAGUAAACUUUCUCAUAAUAAAGAAUCUGAUGGUGCUAAUGAAUUAUGUACAAAUAUAUGUAAAAAAGAUGUCUUAGGUAUCUUGCCAGAUAUCAUGGAUGAAAAUUUUACUGAGAUUGAAAUUAUAACUAAUGAAGAUAUGAUUGUAGAUCAGUGUGAUAUAAAUGAAUUGAUUUCGAAGGUUGAGCAAAGUAAUCAUGUAGAAGAACUUCAAAACAGUACAAAUCUUGAACAUCAACAUGGUAAUAGUAAACCUAAGUUAGAACAAAGUAAUUUUAGUAAAAAAAAGUCAUUAAUUGAUGUUUUAAAUGAUGAAAAAGAUCAUAUUAUGGAAAAAUGUCUUAACAUAAUCAGUAUUGAUCAACAUAAAGUUGAGGAUAAUACUAACUGUAAUCAAAAAACAAAUAAUAUAAAAGUAAAUAAAGCUUUGCUUAAACUAAUCAAUAGUAUAUCUAGUUCCAAAAAUAAUGUGUCAAAUAACAAUAUGGCACUUUUUUCCAAUAAUGUCUCUGGUGACAAAUCAUUAAUUGUAAGUGAUAAAAACAAAUCAGACACUACUUUAUCUGAAUUAGACAGUAAUGGCACAAACAACAUAAAAUCAGAUUUAACAAUUUUAAAAAGUGACAAUGUUGUCCAGGAUAAUGUUUUCUACAAAGAUAAUAAAACUGAAUUGACAUUGUUAGUUAUUGAUAAGGAUAUAAUUACGAAUGAUAAAAAAAAUGAAACCUUAGAAAAGGAAGUAGAAUAUACAGAAGAGUCUGCAGAUUGUAUAGCAAUUGAUGGAAAACAGCAUACAACUUCAACUAAAGCAAUUAAAAGUUCUACAGAAAAGGCUAGGGAUGCUGAAAAUUUGUAUGAAAUUGUUUCUGAUCUUCAAUGUGGUAGUACUGUGGCCGCUAAAUUGAAUUCAUCCCAAUAUGAUGAAGUAGCCCACGAAAAUGUUGAAACUAUAUAUAUUGCACCAACCUAUAUUCCCAAAGAAUGUGAAGAUGUUACUUUGCGUUUAGAACAAGAAACUGAAACAAUAGCAAUUCCUAUCAGCAUAAAAAAAGGAAAGACCAUUGAAAUCUUAAAAGAAGAUAAAACCAAAAGCUUGAGUCUGUAUGAUGACAAUACAUUACAAAAUGAAAAUUCAAGCGAUUUUGUAUUGACUUAUAAUCUUGACAAUGAGUGUAAUUCUGAUAGUACAAAUGAUAUGGACUUAAUCACCUCGACUACUAGUGAAAAAAAUAGCUUAAUUUGCGAACAUAACAAAAAGAUAUUGCCUUUUGUAGAACUGGACUGCAAUGAACCCCAAAAAAAGGAUGGUGGAAAUAAAUUGGAAAAUGAUUGCAAAAAUAUUGUAGACGUCACCAAAUCAAAAGGUACGAAAGAUACUAAGGAUCAUUUCUCUAGUCAAGAAAAUAGUUUUAAAAAUGGAGAAUUUUUAAAAUAUAUCGAACAAAAACAGGAUAUAAUUAUGGAUGAAAAUCCAAACCUUACCUAUGAAGAAGUAACUGCUUACUUGUUAAAGACUUGGCAAUAUGAACAAAAUUCAAAAUCUGAUAAAAAGGAGUCAAAUAUUAUUGAAUUAGGUACCACAGAUAAGAAUGACCAUGAUUCUCUAGAACCUAAAAAGAAAAAUAAGACAAGGGGAAGAAGAGAUAGGUAUUUACAAACUUCAAUUGACUUUAAAGAAUUACAAAAUAAUGCAAAAAAGAGUUGUAUGCAGAGUAAACCAAAGUCGGAUACUGAAAAUUCUAAUUUUCCUCAUGAACAAUGUGAUAACAGUAAUAAGAGAGAAGUAAGUGUUAGUUUAACACCUAAUAAAGUUAAUAUUGGGAAUUUAUUACCACUUAAUAAUAUUAAAAUCCUAGUAAAUGAACAAUCCUUUAAAGAAGAGAAUAUUUCAAUUUCUAAUGCAAAUUUUGACCAGCAAAUAUGUAAUACCAAAAAAGAUGUAAUAAUAAAUUCAAAAGAAAUGGAAUCUUUUUCUAUCAAAAGUACUGAAAUAAACACAGUUGGAAAUCAAGAUUCAGAAAACCACGACAGCGGGGAAUAUUUUGUCAAUAAAGUCAAGGAAAAUAAUUCUAAAGAGAUACUUUUAUUGGAAGAUACAAAAGCAACACCUAUUUCCAAAGAAAUAAAAAUAGAAAGUAGCACAUCAUCUGAAUUUAAAAAUAUGACAGCCGUAAAUGAUUUAUCUCAUUCUUCUGGCAUUGUAGAAAUGAGCAAUGAUGGAAUAAGUUUGAUUAAAAGUGAGAAUAAUGAUUUAGCACGCUCUGGACUAAAGGAAUCUGAAAAGCGAAAUGAAAAUAAUGUCUCAAAAAAUCGUUUGUCACUAAGGCUUAAAAGAAAUGUUGAGUUGGUGAGUGACACUGAUAGUGAUUCUGCAAAAAGUCAAAUUGGUAACUUCAAUGAAAUUGUAAUAAGUAAGGAGGAUGGUAAUAUGAAAGAAGGUGAAAAGAGCAGUACGACAAUGUCAAACAAUGAACCUGAACUAACUUACAGUUGUAAAAGUGAAUCCAGUCUAAAAUUAUCAUCAUGUAAAGACUAUGCGGACGUUAAGUCAGAUAAUAAUACUUUAAGUAAAUCGAGAAUGUCUAGCUCGCCACCCUCGGAAGGUUUAACGAGAAAAAAACAAUCAAAAAUUGACGAUUUUAUAAAAAGAACAAAAGAUUUAAAUUUAUCAUUUAAUUCUAGUACUGAUAAAAAUGUUAAAACUGUCUGCAGUAAAAUUCCAACAACUUCUCAGGAUUCUUGUAACAUAAAUGAUAUAAGUCAUGUUACCUCAAAUUUAGAAGAGAAUGAAAACAUACUUUCUAAGCGCCAAUCGCGUAAAGAAACACAGCCUGUAAAGGGUAAAGAUCUCGAAAAUCCGGAAUUUUUAGAAUACUUAGAGUUAAGACAAGAUCAGUUAAUGGAUGAACAUCCUGAACUUACACUGGAAGAAAUUGCUACUUACCUUUACAACACCUGGUUCUUUGAAGAAAGCAUUAAAUCUGACAAUAAGAAAACUGAUGAUUUAGAACAAAGAUCCUUAGUUAAAGGCCUGAGUCAGGAUAUUGUAGGUGUAAAAAACGUUCGAAAAAAAGGUGGUGUUGAUAAAGAGAAAGAUUUUAUGUCUAAAAUGGAGGUCCCAAUUAAAGAAAAAUCUAAAAGAAGGGCUGAAAGGCAGUUUUAUAGAGAAGACUUUUCUGAUCUCGAAGAUGAACUGGAUGUUUAUCAGGUUUUUAAUUCUACAUCAGAACGUGACACCAAAGAUGAUGAGCAAGGUACUUCUAAAAUUAACAUAAAUACCAAUAAAGAAGUGUUGCCUCGGGAUUUCGAAACCGCUUACGGGGUUAACGAUUCUACUGUGGGCGAAGAAAAUAUGGCAGAAAAAUUUGAUCAAGUGGAAGAAUAUUUUAGAAAACUGACAGAGCCAAAGCCAAAUUUGUUUAAGGGGCUAAUCAGGGAAAAACUCUGUCAAGUAUGUGAAAGAGCGGGGGAUCUUAUUAAAUGUAAAGGUUGCUACAGCUUCUUUCACGCCAAUUGCAGUAGAAAAGGGGUGGAAAUAAAAGGAUCUCCGAACCCAGUUAGAGGUAGAAAAAAGAAACGUAAGAAUAGAGGUCGAAAACCGAGAUGUUUAGAUGACUCCUUUGAAGAUCACAGUGACAAAUCACAAGAACACGACAUGUCAUUCGAACAUGAAACGGAGUCACAUACAAUUGCAAAUGCUGACGAAUUUGAAGAAAAGGUAUCAGAGAAAUUGAGAGAAAUUAUUGAAAAUCCUGACUUAAAAUACGACACCAACUCCAGUGAAGAAGAGUUAGAUUGGAGUGACACGGAGAUUGGAGCGUGCAAGAUUGUGGAGAUAAUACCAAAAAAGAAAAAGCAAGAAUCAAUAGAUUUCAAAUGUACUGACUGUGAAGAAAAUAGCAUACCAAUAUGUUUUGUAUGUAAACGUGCGAUUUCGGCAAAGAAACAAAUCGCUCACAGGCAAAAAUGUCAGGUGACGCAUUGUAACAAAUAUUACCAUAUCGAAUGUUUGGAACAUUGGCCACAGACCCAGAUAACUACUGGAGAGAAAAAAAGUAAAGAAUUCGUUGAAUCACUGCAGUGUCCGAGGCACGUGUGCCACACGUGUGUUUGUGAUGAUCCUAGAGGCUGCAAGACGAGGUUUAGUGGAGACAAGCUCGCGAGAUGUGUGAGAUGUCCAGCUACUUACCAUGCAUUUACAAAAUGUCUACCGGCUGGUACGCAAAUUCUUAGUGGUUCACACAUCAUCUGUCCAAGACAUUAUGAGCAUAGGCCAGGAAAAGUUCCGUGUCACGUUAACACGGGGUGGUGCUUCAUCUGUGCGUUGGGGGGUACUUUGAUCUGCUGUGAGUACUGUCCCACGUCAUUCCACGCCGAGUGCCUGAACAUAGAACCCCCGGAAGGUGGUUACAUGUGUGAGGACUGUGAGACGGGAUGCUUGCCGCUUUACGGGGAAAUGGUGUGGGUGAAAUUGGGACAUUACAGAUGGUGGCCGGGAUUAAUAUUACACCCGAGUGAGAUUCCUGAAAACAUAUUAGCCGUGAAGCACGCACCGGGUGAAUUUGUCGUACGAUUUUUUGGGCAAUACGACCACUACUGGGUGAAUAGGGGCAGAGUGUUCCCAUUCCAGGAGGGUGAUACCGGCAGAGUCUCAAGCAGAAAUUCUAAAAUAGACGCUGCAUUUUCUAUGGCAGUCGAACAUGCGCACAGAGCUUAUAGCAUAUUGAAAAAUGAAUCUCCUAGUAAUGAAGGCGAUGACGAUAUAGCAUCAUCUCUUUUACCCCCACACUUUGUGAAGCUCAAAGUUAAUAAGCCAUGUGGCUCUCUGAUUAAUAAGAAGAUUGACAUAGAAGAGAGUUCCCUUACCCAGUGCGAGUGUGAUCCUAACGUCGAAGACCCAUGUGGACCAUACUCACAUUGUCUUAAUAGGAUGCUACUCACGGAGUGCGGUCCUAUAUGUCGGGCGGGAGAACGGUGCUGUAACCGUGCUUUUGAAAAACGCCAGUACCCUCGAAUGGAGCCGUAUCGCACACCUGCUAGGGGAUGGGGACUUCGAACUCUUGAAGAUAUUAGAGCUGGUCAGUUCGUAAUAGAAUACGUGGGCGAGCUGAUAGAUGAAGCGGAAUUUCAGCGACGGAUGAAGUGGAUGCAUCAAGUUAGAGAUGAAAACUACUACUUCCUCACAUUGGAUAAGGAGAGGAUGAUUGAUGCGGGGCCUAAGGGAAAUUUGGCCAGGUUCAUGAACCACUCAUGUGAUCCGAACUGCGAGACUCAAAAGUGGACAGUGCUGGGUGAUGUUAGAGUUGGUCUCUUCGCGCUAUAUGAUAUACCAGCGAAAAGUGAGCUGACAUUCAACUACAACUUAGAAUGCGCGGGAAUCGAAAAGAAGCGAUGCCUGUGUGGUGCAGGGCGGUGUUCAGGGUUUAUGGGAGCAAAGCCAAAGGUAAAAUAA